AUGGCGACCAGGACAGAUCCUAGCCACACCAACUUCACAGUAUUCAUUCGCUUACCAUUCCCCAGGGGUGACUUUGUUGAUCCACCGCCCGUGGAAUGGGAUGCAGCGAAAGAGCAAGCAUUAUGGGACAUUCUGUCCCGGCCUUCAAAGGGAGAUAUAGACUGGAAAGACUUGUAUCUAUACCCCGGCCUCCCGGUUACUCCCGCUGCAGAUUGCAUAAAGCUAACGUUAGAUCUCUACAGGGCAGAACACUUUGAUGUCACUUUUCAAUUUCUACUCCAACAAGCAGCAUGGCUAUAUGACAGACAGCUGUCCCAGGUCCGAGCGCAGAUGCGGAGGGUACCUCCAGUCCAAUCGAGCUCGUCAUCGCCAGCACCAGGCUCUGUGUCAGGGAGUACAGCCUUGAGCGGACAGCCACAAAAGGGGCAUGCCCCUAGUGGAUCUCGAGCUCCAUCCCGACAAGUCUCCCAUCAGAAGGAAAUCUCUCAGCAAGUCCCCAUAGCGCCCAGUGACCGCCGUAGAAGCUCUACAUCCACGACUACCGUCAACCAAGCUCGCCAUUCGCGAGACUCCUCUCGUAACGAAGCGCCCACGGAAGGCAGAGAACAGCGCUGGGAGAACUUUGUGCGACGGCCAUCUGUUACCAGACGGGAACAGCCAUCGACAACCUCUUUCCCGCGGUCCCCAACACUCGCAGAAGAGGAUCUCAGCUCCAGCUCCACAGAAUCCGACUCGGAAGUAGAGUCUACCCGAAGAGUGCCGCGAUUCCGAAAAUUCGGAAAAUUCUCCACCCAGCGCAUCGGAAUGCAGGAUGAUGCAGAUGAGGAUGAAGAAUACACACCUUCGUUCCUCCCCUUGUCUCGAGAGAAUGAUCACACUCCGCGAGAUCGACCCGGCGAAGAGCUGAGCGCAACUCUACGCCUGGACGCAGAACGCGCAGCAGCAGCACGGCGACGUAUAGCCGAGCGGGCUGGUCACAGACACCCUGUAGCUACGGAGUCAUCCGCCAGCUCAAUGAGCUCCGGUGCCCCAGCAAGCUUGACUAACAGCGAUAGCCGGCGCCUCGGCCAGCCUGCUACUGCGUUGAGUCCCCAUCGCGCUGGGGAAGCACCUCGCCAAAGCCCUCGCAAGUCGAAUGCGUCUGGACGAGAGGCAAGCGAUGGUACGCCGAGCAUGGGAAGUAGUUUCAGUGACCUGGAUGAUGCUAGCGUUACACAGUCUGCCCUGGAGGAGGCUCUUAUGAGCAAUAUGCAGCAUGGGGGAAUGGCUAGUCGCAUGAGUACGAUUAGCCAGGCUUUGCGUAGUCGUUAUUUGCAGUGA